CAUAAAUAUAUAAUAAUCUUUCAAAAUGUGGAAGAGAUUAUUUUGAGUCUCCAAACGUAAAAAGUGAUGAUUCUGAGUCAAACUCACUAUUGGUGUCAGGCUCCUUAACUUGUACGGCUUGGUAGUCACAACAAUGCAGUUGUUUUGGGUUGUUUUUAGACUUUUUAUUGAUGAAAAUAGCACUGAGCAUGACAACUACUCCAGGAUUGUCUCCUGAAAGUACCAUUAUCUAGGUUUUGGGUACGAUAUGAUAUGAAAUUUCUUCAAAGGUUACAUCAAUAUGUUCACUCUGGCAUUUUCAAUCAUUUCGAUGAUCUGAGGAGGGAUCGCAUCAGGCUGAGGGAUAUAUGCUUGGAUAAGAGGCUAUCCUUUUCAUGAAACAGAAAGGUACUUUUACAUACAUUUCAUUGUCACUAUAUUUUAUGUCAUUAAUUUUAUAAUUAUCCAGAUUGUUUUGAGUGAGAAAGUUGUGAUAUCAAUACUUGCUUCACUCGCAAGCGCUUAUGCAAUCCUGACAGUCAAUAACUUAUUAUGGUGAUUCUUAGUUGAAGUAGAAAAGAAUUAUCGAAUGAACAGAGAACCACAAACCAGAUACAUUAUUUUAAACAAUGAAGAAUAAAUCGUCCGUAACAAAGAAGAGUAAAAUUGAUUUUU